CCCUCUCUCUCUCCCUCUCUGUCCGUCUGUGGUCCUGUGGCUCUUCUUUUCUUUUCCUCUCUUUAUUCCUUCUUCUCUUCCUGUCCUUCUGUCUAUCGGGCUCUAUCUCCUCUCCGGUGGGUGCUUGGUUGGUUGGCAUGACGAUGUUGGGACGGGCGCUGCUGCGGACGGCGCUGCUACUAUGGUUGGCACAGGUCACGCUACAGGGGGGCACAGGGUACAGACCACACAACGGUGGUGUUGGACGAAUGCUCAUCCCAUCCACAGCUCAUCUGGGCCCACAGGCAGCUAAUGGCUAUGGCGCUAACGGCUACGCAGCUAAAGGUUACAUGAAGGGCAACGGUUAUGGUCCUGUCCCUCUUUCCAAUGGCAAUGGACACGGAGGUUAUGGAGCUGCUCCCGUUGCUGCUGCCAAUGGACAUGGAGCUAAACCCAACGGUUACGGUGCUGUCCCUCUUGCUGCCGCCAAUGGACACGGAGCUAAACCCAACGGUAAUUACUGUGUUACGGUGCUGCUCCUGUUGCUGCUGCCAAUGGACACGGAGCUAAACCCAACGGUUAUGGUGCUGCUCCGGUUGCUGCUGCCAAUGGACAUGGAGCUAAACCCAACGGUUAUGGAGCUGCCCCUGUCGCUGCUGCCAAUGGAUACGGAGCUAAACCCAACGGUUAUGGAGCUGCUCCUGUGGCUGCUGCCAAUGGACAUGGAGCUAAACCCAACGGGUAUGGCAGACCUCCGGUUGUGGCCAAUGGACAUGGUGGCAAACCCCUCGGUUAUGGUGCCAAGCCAAACGGUUAUGGUGCUGCUCCUGUUGCUGUCGCCAAUGGACACGGAGCUAAACCCAACGGUUACGGUGCUGCUCCCGUUGCUGCCGCCAAUGGACACGGAGCUAAACCCAACGGUAACGGUGCUGCUGCUCCUGCAUCUGCUGCUGCUAACGUGGUUAAAGGCAAUGGUCAAGCUGCUGCACCUGUUGCAGCUAACACCCAGGGACGCAAACCCAACGGUACGGAUACAGUUAGGAUAA